AUGGAGCCCGAGAACCGAAAGGCCGAGUUCGAGGAUGCCAAGGCUAAGGCAGCCGAGUUCCUCGCCAAGGGGGACCCGCAGGCCGCCAUCGACCAAUACGGCGAUGCCAUGAUAUGCGCGUUCGACGACACCCAGCGCGGUGCUAUUCACAGCAACCUGUCCCUCUGCUAUCUCCGCCUCAAGGACUACGCCAUGGCCGUCACCCACGCCGACGUCGCCAUGGCGCUUCGCCCGGGCUGGGAGAAGGGAUACUUUCGCCACGGCGAGGUCGCGUUCGAGCAGAGGGACUACGCGACCGCGCUCAAAGACUACGAGGAGGCUGUGAAAUGCGCGCCGAACGACGCGGCGCUGAACCACAGGGUCAAACUCGCGAAAGAAGCCACGGAGGGUUUCUACUUCAGGCAGCUCUUACCCGGCCGGGACAUCUGCGUCAACGCCAAGAAUCCAGUCGAGGCGCAGAUCUUCGGCGCCGCGGUUCAGAUGCAGAACUUCAUCUACCUCGUGGGCGACGCGCGCACGCGCCAGUGCGCCGUCAUCGACGCGUGCUGGGACGUCGACGGCAUCAUCGCCGUCGCGAAAAAGGACAAGAUGUCCAUCACGAGGGCCGUCGCGACCCACUACCACUUCGACCACGUCGGAGGCAAGCCGCCGCCGCCGUUUGACGCGCUCGGCAUCGAGGUGCCGGGGAUCAAGCAGCUCGAGGCGGCGGGCCUGCCGGUGCACGUGCAGGAGGAGGACGCGGUGAAACUGCGGGAGAUUGGCGUGAAGGAGACGAGCAUGACGCUUCACCGGGACGGGGACGUCCUGCGGGUCGGCGGCGUUCGACUGCGUUUCGUGCACACCCCGGGGCACUCGCCGGGGUCGAUGAUCGUCGUCGUCGACGGCGAUAACCCGGGCGCGCCGGGCGGCGGCGCCGGCAUCGUGGUGAGCGGCGACACCAUCUUUCCCGGGUCGUGCGGCAGACUCGAUCUCCCGGACGCGGACAAGGAACGGAUGUUUCACUCGCUCGCCAAGUGCGCGAGUUCGCUGAGGGACGAGAUGACCGUCUACCCGGGGCACAACUACAACGGCGCGUCGUCGACGAUUGCGAAGGAGAAACGGGACGGGCUGCUCAGGCCGUUCACGAAGACGCAGUGGGAAGCGAUGAUGGGAGGAAAGUAG